AGCGGAACAAUUUUUCUAUGAUUGCGGACAUUGACGGGGGUUGACAUUGCAUAACAAUUUCUCCGUUUUAAUCGAAGAAAAAGGUUAUUAAUAAAGAACCGUAACGUUUUGUCGCGAUGCAGUGCGCGAAAGUGGGUCCCGCGAUUUUAAGAUGCAGUGGCCGCAGGUAUGCCUCGCACGGCCUCGCAAAGACAACGUACAACGACCUGCCGUCGCCGUCUGGCAGUUGGCAAACCAAUUACGACGCCCUGCAGCGUAGCUAUAAUGCCCGAUUGGCGAUCGGCAUCGGACUGCUCGGCGGCACCAUCGUUUUCGGCAAAGCGGCGGGCUUCUUUGAGUUCUACAACGAUUAUCCCGAAAGGCCCGCCACCAUCGAGAAUUACAAAACGUUCAAGAAGGAAUAGCGUUAGAAACCCGAUGUUGUAGUUUCGUUUAAACUUUAAAAGUUCGGCGCCUCGUUACGUGUAUGUGGAGACAAAUAAAACGUGCCGGACGAAAAUUGUUUGCUUCGAUU